ACUCGCUCGCUCAUACGCAGCUCAACAUUAAACAAAAACGACGGAUCAACCAUUUCCUCCUCGACGGCAAAUCGCCGGCCCCCCACGAAGACUUGUUCUUCCUCCCGCCGCGCAUUUCUUUAAUCACUCGAUCUGAGCUGCAUCCCAAAUCCCCCCCGAUUUAAUUAUUUGCGGGGGGUGAUGGAUCCCCACAUUGUCGUCGCGUCCCCUCCCAUCGCGGGGAUGUGAUGUCUAUGAGGAGGAUAAUAAGAUCAUGGAGGGGCACAAACCAGUGCACCAAUUCGUUGAUAGCCCCAAGCCGCAGCGCAGCGCGAGGAGAAUUUGUGGAAUGGCAUCGAGGAUCGAUGCGAAUGACCACGGCAAUCAGCAAGGAGGCAAUCCCCAAGGUCCAGUUGGUACAGCAGAGAGAUUAGAGCAUCUUUUAAACCAACCAGCAAACAAAAUUUGUGCUGACUGUGGUGCUCCAGAUCCCAAAUGGGUGUCAUUGACUUUUGGUGUGUUUAUUUGCAUCAAGUGCUCUGGAGCUCAUAGAAGUCUUGGGGUGCACAUAUCCAAGGUGGUCUCAGUAAAGCUAGACGAGUGGACAGAUGAACAAGUUGAUAUUUUAGCUGAUUCAGGUGGAAAUGCUGCAGUUAACAUGAUAUACGAGGCGUUUAUACCUGAAAACUACAUGAAGCCAAGGCAAGAUUGCUCAUCAGAGGGGCGCAAUGACUUUGUUAGGAGAAAAUAUGAGCUUCAACAAUUUUUGUCCAACACACAGCUUACUUGCUACUCACAAAAGAGCGGAAAAAAUCAUAAUCGCGUACAACAUAGCAGUUCAAAUAGGCAUGGUUUAGGCCAUGCUUUCAGGAACAGUUGGAGGAGAAAAGAACAUGAGAGUAAAUCAGUGAAGAAAACAGUGGAGAUAGGUAUGGUUGAAUUUGUUGGAUUAAUUAAGGUCAAUGUCAUAAGAGGCACAAAUCUAGCUGUUCGUGAUAUGAUGUCCAGCGACCCUUAUGUUAUCCUUAACCUUGGACACCAGUCGAUGAAAACAAAGGUGAUUAAGAGCAGCCUGAAUCCUGUAUGGAAUGAAAGGAUUUUGCUAUCAAUACCUGAUCCCAUACCUAUGCUUAAAUUGCAAGUCUAUGACAAGGACACAUUCACUACAGACGACCGAAUGGGGGAGGCUGAGAUUAACAUUCAGCCACUGGUUGCUGCAGCCAAGGCAUAUGAGACCUCGGUCGUCGCUGAUACGGCACAGCUCAACAGAUGGCUAGCAAAAGAAGGCAUCUGGAUCCAAAAGGACAGUGCUAUCUCCAUCAUCGAUGGCAAGGUGAAGCAGGAGGUGACCGUCAGGCUUCAGAACGUCGAGCGUGGCCAUCUUGAGAUGGAGCUCGAGUGUGUCCCGCUCACGCAAUAGCUGCGCCUGCAGAAAUGGGUUGCUCUGACAUUCUGAAUUCAGAACAUGGUUACACGAACAAAUUCUUUGCAAACACUUAGGGCUUUGUGUGUAAUUACUGUGGCAAAUUAGAACUCAACCAUGCGUUCAAGGUUUCCAUGCAUCAGAUGUAUCUGUAGAAGUUAGGAAGGAGUACAUGAUGUGAGGCGAUUUGUCUAUUAAAGUUGAGAUCAUUCUGGCACAAAUCUGCUUGA